AUGGCCCCGACUCAACGUCCAGCUGUGUGGUCAAAUCUUGCCAUCCGCGCUGCCGAUGAACCUCACACCAGAAUCCCUCUAAUCCAGGGCGUCGCCGUUGGCCUCGUCGUCCUGGGAUUCAUCAUCUGUACAUUGCGCCUCGCCAUUCGCCUGAAGAGACGCACUACGAGUUAUGAAGAUGGCUUCAUUGCAGUCGCCAUGGUGAGUCUUUAUGUGCGCUUGGUUCCGAGUCCUCCACUGACGUUCUUCUUCGAAGNNUUGUUCGCGAUUCUGGAGAGCGCUGUCGCCUGCUUAGCGGCCGCCAAUGGCUACGGCGCUCUUAUGUCCACCCUUACUGAUGAACAGCUCGCUAGAGCUCUUAUGUGGUUCUGGUGGGCUCAAGUGUUGUACAAGCUCACAAUCUGGCCUACUAAGCUGUCGAUCCUCUUUCUCUACCUCCGCGUCUUCGGCGACACACCCAACGUCACGGCUUUCGGAGUCAACUUUCGCAAGUCUGUAUACGCACUGAUGGUCUUCUCUGCGGUCUUUUGUGUUGUCACGCUCAUCGUGAAUGUCCUCUCUUGCAUUCCCGUCAGCCACUACUGGGACAAGAACUCUCCUGGUCACUGUGGUGUGGAUCCCUUCAGCUGGUGGUUGGCACAGUCGCUGCUCAACACCAUCUCCGACCUGUUAAUCCUUGUCUUGCCGAUGCCUUUGGUCAAGAACUUGCUUCAAAUUCCUGCACGUCAGAAGAUGGGUCUUUGCUUGGUCUUCUCACUUGGUGGCUUUGUGGUCAUUGUGACUAUCAUGCGCAUUACAACCUUCAAGACAGGAGGUCUUGGUGAUGAUACCACUUNNGUAAAUGAUGGUGCCGUUACGCUCUGUUGGACCAUAGUCGAAACUAAUGUUGCAAUCAUUUGUGCCUGUCUGCCAUUGCUCCGACCAUUUAUCGCCCGUAUGAUCCCUGGGUUCUGCGGCCGCUCUGGCUUGCGCAGCAGCAACAGCUAUCCGAUGGUUCAGCCUACCACCUCAGAUGAAUCGCCCAGGAGCAAGCCUCUCAGCAGCCAUGUGCCUGAAAGGAUGCGCCCUCGUUCUUGGGUCGGCAUCGAGACUGUCAUAGGUCAAGGUGACGGACAGACCGCAUCAGCUGGCAUUCACAAGCAGAUGGAAGUCGAUAUUACGACGGAGGCUGUGAGCAUCUGUGGUACAGAAUCUCUGCUUCGUCUCACGUGUCAAGAUGAUGAAAUUACAUCCGAGGAAGCCAGAGACUCGGAGUCGUCGAAUGAACGCAAGUAG